GUAACAACUUCACAUCCCGUAUGAGUUCGAUCAGUCAGUGAGGGACAGAUUGCCUUCUCUACUAGCUAGCUAUGUAGUUAGGCCGUUUACAGCUAAUUAUACCGAGUGAUUCAUGCAGUCAGGGGGCAGUAAUUUUGAUAAUUUAACACAUAGCUACGCUACUACAAAUUGCCCUUAUUAUCCGCUUUUUAACAAUCUGCACGCUUCGCUGAAAUGCUUCUGGCCGGCGUAAGGGAUGGAAGGGCUAACAGAAGUGUGAUAUGUGUCCUGCUGCCCAUGGCUGUCGCGGUGUUGCUGUCGGUCAGAGUUGCUGGGAUCCAGGAGGAACACAAACAUGUCCAAGAACAAACGCCACAAGAGAAAGCACCUACUGCUCACGCCAUUGGCCCCGAGGUCAGUGGAAAUGACUCCAGCAAAUCCGAGAACCUGGGCUUCAUCCAUGCCUUUGUAGCUGCCAUCUCUGUCAUCAUUGUCUCUGAGCUGGGAGACAAGACUUUCUUCAUCGCUGCCAUCAUGGCAAUGCGCUACAACCGCCUCACCGUGCUGUUGGGGGCAAUACUAGCCCUUGGCUUUAUGACCUGCAUCUCAGUGAUGUUUGGCUAUGCCACCACCAUCAUCCCCAGGAUCUACACAUACUACGUGUCUACGGCUCUGUUCGCCAUCUUUGGUGUGCGCAUGCUGAGAGAGGGGCUGAAGAUGAGUCCAGACGAGGGCCAGGAGGAGCUGGAGGAGGUGCAGGCUGAUAUUAAAAAGAAGGAUGAGGAGCUGCAGAUGUCUAAGCUGCUAAAUGGGGCUGCAGAUGUGGAGUCGGGCUCAGGAUCAAGCCAUCCUCAGAGGAAGUGGCACAGCUUCAUCUCGCCUGUGUUCAUCCAGGCCUUCACCCUCACCUUCCUGGCAGAGUGGGGUGAUCGCUCUCAGCUCACCACCAUCAUCCUGGGUGCCCAGGAGGAUCCUUUUGGAGUGGCGGUGGGUGGUACUCUGGGACACUGUCUGUGCACAGGACUGGCUGUGGUUGGAGGAAGGAUGAUUGCACAGAAGAUUUCUGUCAGAACUGUUACAAUCAUUGGUGGGAUCAUGUUCCUGGCCUUUGCCUUCUCUGCCCUCUUCAUCAAACCGGAUGCUGGAUUCUAAUUGGAGGGAAGACUUUCAGGCAAAUUUUGUACAUAUCUGUAAAGCUCAACUAUGUUUAUUUAGUGUGUGUGUGUGUGUGUGGUUGAGAGGGAGAAAUAUGGAGAAUAUUCUCUAAUGGGACUGAGCGAGUGUGUGUGUGAUUUCUGUUCUCUAGUCUUGCUAAGUCUGUGAUCCCUCACCGGUCUGAGUCCUGUGGCCUACACCAAGAACAAGACUUACCUCUCCCUCACACUCAGGCCCGUCAGUACUGAGCUUGGGUCUGUUUAUUCAUUAAUUCCCCAUCCUUAUUAUUAUAUUAUGCUUUAAAGUCCUACUCCAGUCUAAUUUUCACCUCAUUUAACACCUGAUUUACGUAACGGGGGGCGCUUUCCUCUUUUGUUCUCUAUUGCGCCAGUAUUGUUCCUCAAGCAAGCCGGGAGGUCAAUGACAUCAUAGGGCACCAUCAGACCAACUCAUCAAAAGCCCUACUCCUUGAAGUUUGCAGUUGUCCCCCCCCCCCCCCCCCCC